AUGGAGAUAAAGUAUUUAGAUAAGAUAGAAGAUCAUAUCAAAAAAGAGUUUCUAAUUGAAAAAUAUAUUGGUGAAGGAUCUUAUGGUAUAGUAUGGAGAAUAAAAGAUCCUAAAACAUAAAAAAAAUAUGCUCUAAAAAAAGUAUAAAAUCUCUAAUUUGUAUAAGAUUUUUGGAGCAUUUAGAAAUUGUACUGAUGCUAAAAGAACUGUUAGAGAAGUGAGUUUUCUUAGUUAAUUAUCUCAUCAUGAUAAUAUAAUAAAAUUAGAAAAGGUUAUCAAAUCAUAAAAUAAGACUGAUCUUUAUUUAGUAUUUGAAUAUGUAGAAUCAGAUCUUCAUAAAGUAUUCAUUCAUAAUAUCUAGGUAAUCCAAUAAAAAAUAUUAUAACCUAUCCAUCAGAAAUAUAUAAUUUACUAAAUACUUCUAGUUCUUCAAUAUCUUCAUUCUGGAGAAUUAAUACAUAGGGAUCUAAAGCCAGCAAACUUGUUAAUAAAAAAGUCUUGCAUUAUUAAGUUAGCAGACUUUGGUUUGGCUCGCUGUGUUUAAGAUAUGGAUGAGAGUAUUUUUUUUAAAUUACUAAAUCUUUAAAGCAAUUCCUGUUUAUACAGAAUAUGCUGCUACUAGAUCAUAUCAAGCACCAGAAAUCCUCUUUGGUUCUUAAAAUUAUUCCUAUGCUGUUGAUAUGUGGAGUGUAGGCUGUAUAUUAUUUGAGAUGCUGACUGGCUAAGUCAUGUACAAUAAGGAAACUAAAUAGGAUUAAAUUUAAAGCAUUUUUGAAUUUCUAGGAACACCUAAUGAUUAAGAUAUUGAAUCGUUUUAACUAAAAAAUCCUGAACAUCUUCGAUUCUAGAUAUAAUUAAAUUAAACUAAGUAAACUUUUAGGAUGCAUUAAAUACUUGAUUCUUACGAUCCGAAUGCCAAAGAUUUUAUAAAGUAUUAUUAAUAUUGUGAUUCUUUCUAGAAAUUGCAUGAAAUAUAAUCCUUAAUAAAGAAUGACUGCUUAAUAAGCUUUAGAACAUCCUUAUGUUUAAGAAUUUAAGGGACAUUUUAAAUAAAAAUUAAGUGGUAAUUAUUUAUAUAUAUAAAAUAAAGAUUUUAAAUUUAUAUCUUUAGAGAAUGAUGAAUAAUUGUAUUCAGUAGAAGAAUAUUAAGAUAUUCUUAAUAAGUUUAUACAAUUUAGAGAUGGAGAUAUCUAAAAGUUCAUAAGAUAAUAUAACCAAAAUUUAUUAACUAAAUAAAAUAAUAGAACUAUCAUAUAAAGUCCAAUUAAAACUUUCUCUAACAAUGAUAAAAUAACUUAAGCACAUUUAAAGACUUAAACAAAUAAAUUUGGCCCACGUAUUUAAACUGAGAAGACAUAAUUUGAAAAAAAUAUAACUCUACAAGAAUUUUAAUCUUGCGAUGCAAUAAAUCCUCUUAGCGAAAAUUAAAAAUAAUAAUUUCAUUAACCUAUAGAUUGUAAUGAUACUAAAAAAAUGAGUUCAAUAAACUAAAGAAAAAAUUCAUAGGAAUUUUUUGAUUUGGCUAGAAAAUUGUCACUAUAAACAAAUUGUUCUUAAUUUUCAAUUUCUGAAAACUAAAACACAUUAAUAAAAUAAUCAGGUUAAUAAAAGAUUGAAAAGUUUAAAGAGAAGAAAAAUCUUGAAUGA